GGACCAGGAGAUGCGCCGGGAUGCGCACCGGUCUCUAGGUGGUGCCAGUAAUGGGGCCUAGGCUUGUCCCUCCCUUGAUGCGCUCCUGGAUUCUUUCCUUCCUUCCGUUUCUUUGGUGAGGCCGAACGUGGCCGUGGGGAGGACUUUUUUAAAUAGGAAAGAAAGAAAAAACGCAAAGCAGACCGAGCCGGCGACCCCACCGACCCCUGGAUUCCGCCAGCCGCUGGGGGAGGGCGGGGAGGAGGCUGAGCCAGGCAGAGUCGCCGGCGGAGCCUCGCGAGUGGCGCGGAGCGGCGGCCGUGCCGGGAUUCUGCCGCCUCUUUCCCCAUCGCCUCCUUGUUCGGAUCCGUCCUUCCUUCUUGUUGCCGGAGGGGGUGAAGAGCGGGAACCGAGCGAGAAAGGAGACUGUUCCGUAAACGCACCGAAGCCAGCGAGCGAGCGCGGCCGAUGGCUUCUCUGUACCAGCGCUUUACCGGCAAGAUCAACACCUCGCGCUCCUUCCCGGCGCCCCCGGAGGCCAGUCGCCUCCUGGGCGGCCAGGGGUCCGAGGAGGACGGCGGCCCCAAGCCCCUGGGGCCGCAGGCACAGGCGGGGGUGCCCCGGGAGCGCGGCGGCGGCGCGGGUGGCCGGCCCCGGUUCCAGUACCAGGCGCGGAGCGACUGUGAGGACGAGGACGAGCUGGUGGGCAGCAACCCUCCGCAGAGAAACUGGAAAGGCAUCGCCAUCGCGCUGCUGGUCAUCCUGGUCAUCUGCUCUCUGAUCGUCACGUCGGUCAUACUGCUGACACCAGAAAAUCCACAACCCGGAGGCCAAGUGGGUCAGCGAUAAAGAAUUCAUCUACAGAGAACGGAAAGGGUCCGUGAUACUGAGGAACGUUGAAACAAAUAAUUCUACGGUACUAAUAGAAGGGAAAAAGAUUGAAUCCUUACGAGCCAUUAGAUAUGAAAUCUCUCCGGAUAGGGAGUACGCACUGUUUUCCUAUAACGUGGAACCGAUUUAUCAGCACUCCUACACUGGAUAUUAUGUCCUGAGCAAAAUUCCUCAUGGGGAUCCUCAGAGUCUGGACCCUCCAGAAGUCAGCAACGCAAGGCUCCAGUAUGCAGGGUGGGGCCCGAAAGGCCAGCAGCUGAUAUUUAUCUUUGAGAACAACAUCUACUACUGUGCACGCGUCGGAAAGCAGGCGAUCAGAGUGGUCUCCACAGGGAAGGAGGGCGUGAUCUACAACGGCCUCAGCGACUGGCUGUAUGAAGAGGAGAUUCUGAAGAGCCACAUCGCACACUGGUGGUCUCCAGAUGGCACGAGGCUCGCCUACGCCACCAUCAAUGAUUCCCGAGUUCCCCUCAUGGAACUGCCAACCUACACGGGCUCCGUCUACCCCACCGUGAAGCCCUACCACUAUCCCAAGGCUGGCAGUGAAAAUCCCAGCGUCUCCCUCCAUGUGAUCGGCUUGAAUGGACCCACCCACGACCUGGAGAUGGUGCCGCCCGAUGACCCACGAAUGAGGGAAUACUACAUCACCAUGGUGAAGUGGGCCACCAGCACCAAGGUUGCCGUGACCUGGCUGAACCGGGCCCAGAACGUGUCCAUCCUGACCCUCUGCGAUGCCACCACAGGGGUCUGCACUAAGAAACACGAGGACGAAAGCGAAGCUUGGCUCCACAGACAGAAUGAAGAACCUGUUUUCUCCAAAGAUGGCCGCAAGUUUUUCUUUGUCAGAGCGAUCCCGCAGGGGGGACGGGGGAAGUUCUAUCACAUCACCGUGUCGUCAUCCCAGCCCAACAGCAGCAAUGACAACAUCCAGUCCAUCACCUCCGGGGACUGGGACGUGACCAAGAUCCUGUCCUAUGAUGAGAAGCGGAACAAGAUCUAUUUCCUGAGCACGGAGGACCUGCCACGGCGACGACAGCUCUACAGCGCCAACACGGUGGACGACUUCAACAGGCGGUGCCUGUCGUGUGACCUGGUGGGGAACUGCACCUACUUCAGUGCUUCCUUCAGCCACGACAUGGACUUCUUCCUGCUCCAGUGUGAGGGCCCUGGCGUGCCCAGUGUGACCGUGCACAACACCACAGAUAAGAGAAAACUCUUUGACCUGGAAACAAAUGAGCACAUACAGAAGGCUAUCCGUGACCGGCAGAUGCCAAAAAUCGAAUACCGGAAAAUCGAGAUCGAUGAUUACAAUUUGCCCAUGCAGAUCCUGAAGCCGGCCACCUUCACCGACACAGCCCACUACCCUUUGUUGCUGGUGGUGGACGGCACCCCAGGGAGCCAGAGUGUGGCGGAGAGGUUUGAGGUGACCUGGGAAACAGUGCUAGUGAGCAGCCAUGGAGCAGUAGUAGUCAAGUGUGACGGCCGAGGCAGCGGCUUCCAGGGGACCAAGCUCCUGCACGAAGUGCGGAGGCGGCUGGGCUUCCUGGAGGAGAAAGACCAGAUGGAGGCCGUGAGGACUAUGCUGAAGGAACAGUACAUUGACAAGACACGGGUGGCCGUGUUCGGGAAGGAUUAUGGGGGAUACCUGAGCACCUACAUCCUCCCAGCCAAGGGAGAAAAUCAAGGUCAGACUUUCACCUGCGGCUCUGCGCUCUCUCCAAUAACAGACUUCAAGCUCUACGCUUCUGCGUUUUCUGAGCGGUACCUUGGCCUCCAUGGACUCGACAGCAGGGCAUAUGAGAUGACCAAGGUGGCACACCGAGUAUCGGCGCUAGAAGACCAGCAGUUCCUGCUCAUCCAUGCCACUGCUGACGAAAAAAUCCAUUUCCAGCACACAGCAGAGCUCAUCACACAGCUAAUUAAGGGGAAGGCCAAUUACAGCUUGCAGAUAUACCCAGAUGAAGGCCACUACUUCCACAGCCAUGCUCUCAAACAGCACCUGUACCGGUCCCUCAUCAACUUCUUUGUGGAAUGCUUCAGGAUCCAGGACAAGCUACCAACAGCCACAAGAAAAGAGGAGGAGGAAGACUAACCACACCUCAGCCCUAAGCACACACGUGGCUAUUUCUACAAUAUGCAACUGAGGACUCUUUCCCCCACUCCUCCCUCCAAGGGCAGGUGGAGGCGGAGGUUUCGACGUUCCGUAGCAUGUGUCUCGAUUCCGAAGGCCACUUUGUGUGGGCAACAAGCUCCUUGGUGGAGACGCUGCACCACACAGCCUGGAACAGCCCUGCCUCAGCAGCAUCGCCUCCUCCUGGCCCCCAGUGACCGGCGCAUCCCAUGUCCCUCCCCCAAGGGGACAACGUGGAGGACAGAUGCAGUGAGGGUACACUUUGAGCCCAAGAAAACUGGCCCUUGAGUUCAAGCUUCCUCUCUGUAGCACCGAGACCCCCACCAUCUGUGUUAGCGCACUCUGUCCGCAUCCUCAGCUGUGUGUCCUGUCUGACGGCUGUGCCGUGGUAGCCAGAAAGCAGGUGGUCUCAGCAGUACCUGUUCAUACAUGGCUGGCUCCUCUCUACCGUUAGGAGAGCCCACACUGUUCCUAUCUGCACCCAGAAAGCAAAUAUUCUAUGUACAAAGUCUGGCUAAAGCUCCACUGAGGGUUAACCUUGUAGAAUUACUUUGUAUUUUUCUAUGGUUUUAACUGGACACCCCACUGUGUCUGUCCAUGGGGCUGUUUCCCUGUGCUUUUCCUUCAUCUCUUGCUUGCUUAUUUGGACACAGAGAUCAGGAACGACCACUGCCUCUGCCGUCGGACUUGGUAGAGGCAUUUGAGACACCACAGGAGGGACAGCACCUAGCAGCCCUCACUAAAAACCCCUACAUGAAACCUUCCUCCCACUGAGCAGCCUAGGACUUUAGAUCCAUUGCCCAUAACAUGUAUCCUUAAAACUACUUUUCCUACUUGAUCAACUGUCAAGUCUUUUCAGGUGACAUUUGGUUAAAAAUCGUAAGACAGAGUGUUGGUUCUACCCCUAGGUCUACUGGGUCAGCCAGGUCACAGGUGACCCAGUGGGCGUGGGAACAUACUUACCGUGUCAUUGCCAGCUCCGGGGAUGGUUCCUCCCUCCUGCUCUAGCAGUGCAGUUGACAUGACCCUCCAUCAGUCUUGCAGAACAAGCUGACCAGAUAUGCAGCCUCUGUUGCCCAUGUAUAUUUCAUUUCGUUGUAUAUAAAGAGAGGAAUGUGUGGCAUUUGUGCAGUCUGCGCCCCCUCCACAGCACUCACCUUGCGUUGAGCUUGCAUGCAGACACCUCUCUGGCUGAUCCGGCCUGGCCAGGAGUGCUAGUUUGAAAUAUAUCAAUUAUUGUCAUUUCCUUUCAGGCUUGUUGACGACCUGAAUGUCAGUACUGAUCUCUCCAGCUCCCAGUCCUGCAUGGGGUGUCUUGAUACCCUGUCUGCAGAGGAGAUGUGUCCAUGUCGAUUUUUUUGGUGUUUGGGGGCUUUGCUUCUGUCCACAUGCGCUUGGAACAUCAGUCCCUGUUAGGUCUGUUAGAAGAGUCCGUCCCAGGAUGUUUGACGGGUGAGGUCUCGUGCUGACAAACAGGACCAAUCUGAAUGCUACACAGAUGGACUUUUGCUACUUCAACAGGCUUGGCUGACAGCAAAGCCAAGGAGGUCUGAAAGGGGGAGCCAGCUCUGGCUGUAAGCACGGGUCAGAGGGACGACGGGACGUGGCAGGCAGCGUUUGUCAUCCACGGAAUAAAGCGUCAUUUUACCA